UCUCAACAAUGGCGUCGGGCUAGUGGUUAAUAUGGAGCUGUAUUAUAACCUGGAUUCUCAUAAGCAUUUGAUUUGGCAAAACUCAAGCGUCCAACCUUCAAAAAUCAUUUCUACUUUCUAUAGCUUUUACUAAGUAUUCAGAUCUUACGGAUGAUUAGCUUAGCGCUACUCAAGGUUAUGUUCGACAAUGGCUGGCUAAAAAUUGCCGCCUCGAAACACUGGUUUCUAUCAUGCUCCGCGAAUUGUCAUGAUUUUUACGAAAAAUAGACGCCCACUGCUUUUGUAAAGUUUGGAUAAGUAUCGAUAAGAUAAAAAAAUGGAGCCUUCAAGUGUAGAGACGACUGAUGCUGUUGAAAAAUCAGGUUUAAGUAUAGACAGCGAAGAAGUUAUCCAAAAAAACAAAGAAACAAACCAAGAGUUGAAUGAAUCUGGGAAGUUAACAAAUAAUACUGCAUCAGACACAGAUAAAGAAACUUUAGAUUCUGAAGCUGCAAUGGAUGUAGCAGAUUCGCAAGAAAUCAAUAGGACAGAUGACAAACCUGAAAAUACAAAUGAAGAAACACCAAUGGAAGUAGAUGAAUCUUCAGAAGAAUUAAGUGAAAAACAGUCUAGUAAAGAAGAUUCACCUGAAAGCAUAAAAGAAACUAGUAAAAAUGAUGAAACUAGUGUUAAUGAAAAAACAGACGAAGCUCAAAAAACAGUAGCUGACUUAAAUAAAAAUGAAGAAGUUCCUGAUAAGAGUAGGGAAGCUUCUGUUGAACGAACAAAAGACAAUGAUAUAAGCAAAGAAGAGUCAUGCAAUAGAAAGGAUAGUUCUGUUGAUAAUGAAAAUAAAUCUGAUAAAGAUAUGGAUACCAAAAAAAGAACAGAUGAUAGUGCUGAAAAUAUACAAGAGAAGAAAUGUGAUAAAAAAUCGUCUCAAACAAACUCAUCCGAACAAAACUUAGAAUGUAUUGAUAUGGAAAAUGAAGGUGUAAAACAACUAUCUAGUGAAAAAAAUGAUGAAGUAGAGAAUACAGAGUUUGUUCAAAUCAACCAAGAUAAGGAUGAUUCACAAUUAGAAAAUCAACCUGAUGCUGAAGACCCAUUUGCUGCUGAUAAUCUUAAUACUCAAAAUGAUAAUGUUGAACCAAUGGAAGUAGACUCUGGUAAAGAUAAAACCUCAAAGUCUGGUAGUCCAAAGCAUGAUGACAAUACACAAGAAAAAGAAAAGGAUACUCAAUCUUCUGACAAAACUGAAGAAGUCAUCAAGAAACCAGAUGAGUCUGAGAAGUCUGCAAAGUCACCAAGAGAUGAAGCUUCUAAAUCAUCAAAAGAGUCUUCAGAUAAAAAGGAUGGAAGUACAGAGGUAUUACCAGGACAAGAUGACAAACUAUGCAUUAUCCCUGACAGUACAAAAGAAAAUAAGGCUAGUGAUAAAGAUGAAGUAGAUGAAUCAAAGAGUGCUGAUAUGAAAAAGAAAGACACAGAAAAGGAAGAAGCAACUGAUGGUAAAGCUAAUCAAGAUGAUAAAAAUUCCAAAGAAAGCAAAAAUGACAAAGAUGUUACUGGUUCUGUUGACUCUUCUGAAAACUCUAAAGAGAACUUAAAAGUAGCAGCUUUGACCACAGGAAGCAAUGAUAUUCAAGUCAAUGAAUCACCAGAUGGUCCAUCCAUUUUGACAUCUGACAUAAUAGAUAUCGAUGAUGAUAAUAAGAAUCCUGAAAUAGAGGAAAUUUCUUCCAGAGAAGUUUGUAAACAGUGCAAAAAGGAAAAAGCUUGUCCAAUUAAAGUAAAAAUGGGCACAAAAAGUUUUAACGUGUGUUCAGAGGCUUGUAAAACUUCUUUUACUACAGAUAAUAAUAAAGCAACUGACAUCCCUAGCGAAGGAGUAAAUUCCAAAAGGGAUAAACGUUGCGCGAAUUGUCUAUUGAUCGUAGAAGCAAAAGAUGAAAGAAAUUUGUCAUGGGAAACCAUGGAAUUUUGUAAUGAAGAAUGUCUGGGUAAAUUUCAAACUAAAUAUGGCAGUUACUGUCGAAAUUGUAACGGUGCUGUCCAGCCUGUCAGUUUAGGAAAAUACUGUGUACGAUUUGGAUAUGAUGUCCGACAGUUUUGCUGUUCAACAUGUUUAGAGGAAUUUAAAAAAGGACUAAAAGUUUGUAGUUACUGUCAGAAGGACAUAAGUGCAGGUACCGAAGGAUUUUUAGCUCCUGUUGGUGAUAAAGGACAGUUUAAAGAUUUUUGUACACAAGAUUGCAUGGAAAAGUAUUCUAAAAUGAAUUCAACUGAGCCACCAGCUCCUGAAAAGAAAGUUUGUGGUGUCUGUCAAGAGGAAAAAGUCAUGCAUUGCGAAGUUCAGAUAGACAGAAAUCCCUCGGUACCGAUCUGCAGUGAACCUUGUUUUGCAGCUUUCAAGUUUGUCAAUAAAGUCGAUCCGGAUCAAUGUUCUACAUGUAAAAAAUAUUUUCAGUUACCAACAAAGAAAGGAUUUGUAGUAUUUUAUGAAGACGAGGCUCACACUUUUUGCAACAAAACCUGCCUAAACGUCUUUAUUAUCACAAAUCGUAAAAUCGUUCCUUGCAAUUGGUGUAAAGUAAAAAAGUACAAUUUCGAUAUGAUAAAAAAGGAAUUAAAAACUGGACAAGUGAUGAUGAUGUGCAGCUUAAACUGUUUAACGCUAUAUCAAGUCUCGAUAAAUGCAGUAUCGGCUCGACGCAUAAAUUGCGACUUUUGUAACGAGAAUUCUCAAGCACAGUACCACCUAACAAUGUCAGAUGCGACGAUUCGCAAUUUCUGCUCGUACAAGUGUGUGAUGAAUUUUCAGAGUCAGUAUACCAAAUCACCAAUCACAAUCCCAUCGGGUGAUACGAGUAGCGGGGGCACAGGUGCGGGUGAUCCAGUACCCACUGGCAUACCCAAACGCGCGAUAGCUGUUAACCCAACUCAACUGCCAAGGCCAAUUCAGCCAGCAGCUGUUUCAGAACAUCUUCAAAUCGCGCCAAAGAAAACGCUACCUGUCAUUUCAUCGGUGACGAGCCUCGCUGCAAUGGCCAACGGACAGUCUCAAAACACUGUACAGCUGAGUAAUGCACAAACUAGCAUGGGAAAUACUAUGCAACCUAUAACUCUGCAAGGCAACCAUCCUGUCAUCUACAAGCAACAAGUAGUUACAAGGCCCACAUCGCCCGUAGAAGUAGGAAACAAGAUGACGCAGUGUAAGCCGCAAAUGCACACGAAAGGAGUAUCAGUGAGACCAAUUCCUUGCGACCAGUCAACUCAAACUGAAGGUGUUGAUCGAUUUCCCGUGCCCAUUCCGGUGCCAAUAUACGUACCCUUCCCAUGUCACAUGUACAGUAUGCCAUUCCCUGUCCCUGUGCCUAUACCCAUUCCGAUACCUGUGCCGAUUUUCAUACCGACGACAAGGAAUAGCGCCAAGGGUAUUUUCAAGGAGAUCAAACGGAUACAGGAGAAGAUGCCUUCGGAUCCGUUCGAAGCUGAGUUACUCAUGAUGGCUGAGAUGGUCGCGACCGAAAAGAAAAACGAGAGCGAUUCAGAUUCUAACGACGAGGCCAGGGACGACGGUGAGGUCAACGACGGCACACCCGCCGACUCGUACAGUCCUGAAGGUGUCGACUCUUCAAAUACCUUCGGUGAUGACAUGCUGCAGAUGGCUCUGAAGAUGGCGACCGGCGAAUUAGAUGAAUCUGCUACUGCGGUCGACCUUGAGACCGAACUGACACCAAACACUAUACAGACACCCCAACGGCCACAGAAUGAGAAUUCAGAAAAUGAUGUUCCAGAAAGGAUACACGCGCCAAGGGGCAGGAAGCGUGGCUCGUUUAGGGGUCGCGGAGCACCAAGCAAACGUGCGAGACGAAGCACAAGUACUUCUAAUGACUCAAGGAUGUUACCGCCGCCAGUCUCCCAGGUAUCAUCGUCCUUACAACUUGAACCUGCAGAGAAGCCCGACGCGAAUAUGGCUCUAAAGUAUACUUUUGGAGUCAAUGCCUGGAUGCAGUGGGUGAUUACAAAAAAUGCAGAACUGGAAAAACAGAGCACGCCGACACGAAAGUUAAAACCUUUCAAAACGGAGCUACUUCAAUUAACGGCGGAUGAACUGAAUUAUUCGCUCUGCUUGUUCGUUAAAGAAGUGCGGAAACCGAAUGGUGCUGAGUACGCGCCGGACACAAUUUAUUACCUAUGCUUAGGGAUUCAACAAUAUCUGUUUGAAAACAAUAGGAUAGAUAAUAUUUUCACAGACGCUUACUAUGAGAAGUUUACCGAUUGCCUCAAUGAAAUUGCCAAAAAGUUCACAACUCUUUAUAACGAAGCAAUGUUUGUUGUUACAAGAGUGGAAGAAGAACAUUUGUGGGAAUGUAAACAACUUGGCGCGCAUUCGCCACACGUUCUGCUAAAUACGCUUAUGUAUUUUAAUACGAAACACUUUAAUUUAGUCUCAGUUGAAGAACAUAUGCAGCUUUCAUUUUCUCACAUAAUGAAGCACUGGAAACGAAAUCCAGCAGCACAGGCCGCUGUAGCAGCUGGUAAACUGACACCGGGUUCAAGAAACGUGUUGCUAAGAUUUUACCCUCCUCAAUCUGCUCUUGAAGCAAACUCAAAGAAGAAGAAAGUUUAUGAGCAACAGGAAAAUGAAGACAAUCCAUUGAGAUGUCCUGUAAAAUUGUACGAGUUUUAUCUCUCAAAAUGCCCUGAAAGUGUAAAAACGAGGAACGAUGUGUUUUACUUGUUGCCAGAGCGAAGCUGCGUGCCAGAUAGUCCCGUUUGGUAUUCGACUUCUCCAUUAGCGAAAGAACAUCUUGUAAAGAUGCUUUACCGUAUUAAAAUGGUAAAAGAGAUAAAUGUAGCUCUUUUAUCAAGUUAAUUUACGACAUUAAUUGUAAAUUUAAAAACUUAAUCGAAUACCUUGUUUUCAAACCGUGUAUCUGAUGUGUAAAAUAUUUACAAAAUUCCUAUCGUCCGUCAUUAUAUACGUAAGUUGGAAAAUGGUUUGAUUUGCAAAAUCAUCACUUCUGAUUAUUUAACAGGAAUGAGUUUUUCUUCUCUGUAUGAAUGGCCAUUUUAAUUCUGUAUCAACUCAAAACGGAAUUUUGUAUUACUUUUUUUUUAUAAGCUUUGUAAGUAAAUCGAUUUAUUAAGUUUUUAUAAUGUUUUGAAUUUACGUUAGUCGGUAUUCCUUAGAUUUUAGUUUUUAUAUCACUUUAAGUAUCUUGACUUGUACACAAGACAAAAAUGACAAGAUCAGUAGAAUAUAAAUCUUUGUAAUUCAUGUUGAAGCCGGAUAAUCUAGAUACCAUAAGCAAGUAGGUCUUGUGACUUCAAAAUAUUACAAAUAUUUUUUGUAUAUAAAUAACGGCUUUCAUUGACCUUUGAUGUAAUUUUAAUAUAGAAUCAUCUGUGACUGGAAUACUUUGUAAUAUAAAUCGAAUUGUUUUGCAA